AUGAGUGCCAAUAAGCGGCUCAGCAAGGAUGCCACAGCACUUAGAGGAGCUGCCCUCGCAUUUGGCAAGCCACCUGUGAAACCGAAGCCGAAGACCAAUACAUACAGCGGGAACAAUGGUGCUCUUGCUGCGGCUACUAAAGCCGGGGCUGGCGGAUCGAAUCAGACACCCUCGAACAAACCCUCUGAUAAACCCUCCGUCUCCAAGUUCGAAUCCGCGAUCGUGAAUGAACAAAGACCAGGCUGCAUGGGGUUGGACGGGAGUCCGAGUAGAGAAUAUGCCAAACAGGCAGAGCGAAGCCCUUCUAUACACCGCAUACAGCAGAGUGAACCUGGGGGGAAUGGAUUACUUCGAGUAGACCAGGCAAAGUCAGCAUCAUACAUCGCUGCCAAUCUUGCGGCGUCGAGAUCUCCAACUGCCAGUCCUGGACUAUCUCCAAAUGUUACAGGGAAUCAAUCAAGGUCGCCCAUGAACUCUGCGAGGGAAAUGGGAACUACACAGAGAUCUCCAUCUCCAUUGAAAAGCAGCAGUUCAUCGAGGAGUUCCGACCAACCUCUAGAUACCUCCUCUAUUCCACCCACGACGUCUUUAAUAAAUAUGUUUGAGAAAUCCAAGAUGAGGCCCAUCAGUCUACCUGCACCAAAGAAGCCUGUUGUUACUGCUGCGCAAAUUGAUGACUCCUCUCCGAACAGGCAGCAGACUCGCGUGCCUGCGAGAGCACGCACACCUUCUCCCAGGGCUAAACCAAAGAAACCAGAAUUAAAACCUCGAGUGCGUACUCCACCACCAACUACAAAAACCCAGAAGCCAGAUAUGAAGCCAAAACCACCGUUGCCAGUUGAAGAAGCUCGUAGUACUAGCACACCAGAAAAACAUAGCAAGGCGAAAAGUCCUUCAGUGGCACCCGCAAAGGGAACAUCGGUUCCAUCCAGCCCACUUCCAGUUCCAGAAAUUAAGAAGGUGGAGGAGGAGGAAGAAGAAGCUUCUUCUGACGAUUCUUUUGUAUCAGCCUCCGACUAUAAUGUAUCGGAUUACAAACCCUCGUUUCGAGCGGAACUACAAACCCAGCAAAGACGCUUAAACUCCUCGUCAGGGGCAUCAACCAAAUCAUCCGUGACUGUUGACUCAUUAGCCAACGCUAUCGUUGCCAGUAGCCUGGCAUCUUCCAGAGCCGCCUCGCCUGCUAUAAGUCUUCCUCCUGUCCCACCUCCUGCUCGCCGAGGGGCGAGGAGUCAUCUUUUUCACAGUAGUACCAACCCUUCAAGAUCAGCCAGUCCCCAAAAGGUUGAUAAGAAGCCUACUGGACUCAGAACUACGAUGAGAAAACCACCCAAACCCGAUGAAGAAAUUGACGAAGGCGCUAAACGUCGAACGAAAAAAGCUCAUAUCAUGAAGAAACAUCCCAACAAACAUCACGAGGGCGAUCGAAAGCGCUGGCGGGAUGAACUCACUGAACGUGAGCGAAAAAGAUAUGAAGCUGUUUGGGCCAGUAACAAGAAUUUGUACAUGUCGCCUUCCACUCCAGCUGCUGAAACCUCAGUGUGCAAUCUUGUUGUCCGGGAUAUUUGGUCUAGAUCGAGACUUCAUGUUGCUGAACUCGAAGAAGCUUAUCAACUCGUUGAUGGUUCCGGUAAUGGGUGUCUGAAUAAAGAGGAGUUUGUCGUUGGACUGUGGUUGGUGGAUCAGAGGUUGAAGGGGAGGAAGUUGCCCAUUAGGGUUAGUAAUAGUGUGUGGCAUAGUGCGGGGGCCAUGGCUGGCUCCAGGGCUAAGACCGUGAAGCAAUAUGGGCGUUGA